CACCACAUGCUUAUUGCCCUGAAAUGUGCGGUUUCGAAUAGACCAUUCGUUUCAUCAGAAGAUGAGUUCUAUAGGAUGGAGGUUGAGCAUUUACGUCCGGGCACUACUCCCCCAUCUCGGAAGACUGUCAGUGAGGAUAUUAAAACUAUCCAU